AUGAGAACCUCUCGUGUCGCAAAAGACACCUCGAAAGUGGUAUCUUCGUUAUCCACAGCUGAUUAUGUGCCAAGGAGGCAAACUCGCGCUGUUGCGGCCAGGCUGCGAGUAUUCUCAGCGGUGAAAGACGAGGCUGGCGUGGAAGUCUCAAAUAAUGUGCUCGACAUAGAAGAUUCGACAAUUCACGCAGCUACUUCACGAAAACGGAAGAGGGCACAUACCGGCCCGCCGACUACCGCUGCGACUUCUACCAUCACCACGACUCGGAGCUCUCCGCGCAAAAGUGGCUUGAAAGAAGGAAAUGACAGCGCAAACAACAGCAGGAAAGCUAGACGGCAACCAGCAAAGCGCAUCACAGGUCAGGAUGGCGAAGUCAAGAUCUCACCUCCCAGUCAAUGGGAAGAAAUAUAUGAGGCAGUGCGCGAGAUGCGUAAGGAGAAGCUAGCCCCUGUCGAUACGAUGGGAUGUGAAACCCUCGCCCAAGAAGAGCUGUCUGCGAAAGACCAGCGUUUUCAAACACUCAUUGCUUUGAUGCUAAGCUCACAAACCAAGGACACGACCAAUGCGAUUGCUAUGCGGAGGUUACAAACCGAAUUACCUGCACCAGGACUGACUUUACAAAACAUUCUCAAAGUCGAUCCCGUAAAACUCAACGAAAUGAUCUACGUUGUUGGUUUCCACAACACCAAAACUAAACACAUCAAACUUGCCGCCGAAAUUCUUCGCGAUCAGUUCAAGGGUGACAUUCCCGAUACUAUUGAAGGGCUGAUGAGUCUCCCCGGCGUCGGCCCCAAGAUGGGAUACCUUUGCAUGUCAGCGGCGUGGGGGAAGACGAUUGGUAUAGGCGUCGAUGUACAUGUGCAUAGAAUCACUAAUCUAUGGAGAUGGCAUAAGACCAAAGGGCCGGAGGAGACAAGGGCGAUGUUGGAGGGAUGGCUGCCAAGGGAGAGAUGGCAUGAGAUCAAUCAUCUUUUGGUCGGGUUUGGCCAGACAGUCUGUACGCCGGUGGGGAGACGGUGUGGAGAGUGUACGCUUAGUCAGAGGGGCCUCUGCCCUAGCGCGGUUGUUGUGAGGAAGGAGGUGAAGAAAAAGCGGAAGGUCGACAUAGAUGUGGAUGAGAAAGAAGGGAUUCUGAAACACGAGAGCAAAGUCGAAGUGGCAGUCAAAGAAGAGGAUAUCCGGACUGACUGA